ACCUGCAACACAACAUUUCCAAGCCGGCAGUCCUUGCGUCUGCAAGUUCAAGACACGGAAAGCUUGAUGCUUGCACUUACCAACCAGUGAUUUCAUAUAUGUAAUACUUUGCAUGCUUUACAGUUGGAUCAGAGAGAACAGAUGCUAUUGAAAGAUCUUCUGGAUUACGCUACAGAAGAAAUUUUUAGGAUCUUCAGACAGAUUGUAUCAGCUCAGUCCAAUACCCGUGAAAGUUCCAGUUCCCCUCAGCCGUCGCAUUUUACAUCUACAUCAGAGUCUCUCGUUCUACCUAAUCGAACACGGACAUCAUCUGAUGUCAUCGACGUCUUGAGAGAUCCUAUUUUACAUGACACUACCCGAAAGAAGGAUGAGUGCAUGCCUGCUAAGCACACUCCUAACAAAUUGGUUCCUGAGCCAUCAAAAUUGAGCAUCUUGUUGAGCAAUCAGGGAAGCCAGAGGAAGCAGUGCCGGGUUUGUCGAAGAAACAUUACGAAGCAACAGAUAUCCGGUAAAGAGCCAGAGGUAUCGGCCCACAGCAUAGCACGAAUGGCCGAUGGUCAAGAAAGAAUUGAUUUUCGAGGUGCCAAGGGGAAAGCAAGAAGCAGUUUUAAGGACUAUGGAGAUGGGUCUUUUACAAGUAAACAAGAGUCACAAAGCCACAAAAGAGUCCUCGACCUUGAAGAAAAAGCAAGGAUUGCUGCUCCUGUAACCGUCUCUACAAAUUCUGUGUCUUUUGAACAUAGAAAACCUAGAGGAGGCAGGAACAGAAACAAAUUAACUCGUGAGAUUGUCAAGCAAUCUGAUGGAGCCAGUGGUUUCACAAAAGACUUAACUGAUGCCAUCAAACAAAUUGAAGCCCGCAUCUAUGUUCUGCAGCUUUAUUCUCAAAACGAGGAGUUGAUCACGAAAGUAACAUCACACAGUGGAACUGGUAAGGCAGUUGGUGCAAUUCGUCCUAUGACAGAGCCAAACGCGCAGAAAUUUACAGGACAUAUGCUGGAGCAUGGUGCAUAUGUGAAAAAUGGGUUGCCGCUUCAGGAGUGGAGUCAGAAUGCACAUAGCCAAGAGAACUUAAGCCAGGCACGCCAGUUACCAAGUGAGAAAGGCAAGCAUGGAGCCUCAAAUUUUACCAGUCAUCAGACGGGAGUUUUGCUGCAGGACGCUGGUCAGAAUCAGAGUUGGAACUUGACUGCAGAAAGUUGUAAGGACUUAUUGAGCCAAACAAGCUUGCGCAAUGAAUUUCGUGGGAAAAAAUCCGGGAAGUAUGACAAUUUGAAACAGGAAGAGACUCUGGUCCCGCCACAAAAUGUGAAGGCUAUGGUGGAGAAACUGGAGACUAUGAGCCAAUCACUUAAUCAUAACAAUCACGUGAUUAGUGUGAAAAAUAAUAUGGUUCACGGUUUAAUGGUUCCGCCAAGUUUUGCUAAUGUGCCGAAGAAGCCUCCAUUGCCUGUUAGUCAGAAGCAAAUGGCUAGAGAAAACUCAGCGGUGAAGUUGGCAAAAUCGAGACUAGUCAUCCCUCCCAAGUCAUUGGGCUCCAUUGCGUCCAUCAAUUCUAGCAACAAGUUCAGAAGCAAAAGCCACAUGCCUCUUCAUGUUAAUCUCAAACCAACACUUAUGGACCAGUUCUCCAGUAAAAAAGAGGCGCCUACGCAUAGACAAGCGCAAAUGAUGCCAAAGAAGACUCGUGUAAGAACAAGGAAUAAGAUGGUCUCUCCUCAGCGAGAAUCAGAUCGUUGCAGUUCGAGCUCUAGAAGCUCAUACAUCAGCAGGACCAGCGAUGAAACUAGCACAAGUUGCAGCAACAGUGAGGCCUAUGCAGAUACUGACUUCUCUACUGGAUCCGAAAGGACAUCGGAAGAGAGCAGCUCUUCGUACUCUGUCCCAACCCGCAAUGGUAAGAUGGAUCCUUCAUAUACAGUGGACCGCUGGAGAGGUUCCAUAUCUAGCCGUCCAACUAAUCACAAGAAGGGAGUUGGUCGGCUGAGAAGGAUGAAGAACAAAUUGGGCUUCAUAUUCCACCACCAUCACUACCACCAUCACCACCACCAUCAAGGAUCGUCGGAUGACCGGGAUAACAAAUUGCAAAGACGCCCCACGACUUCCAUGUGGAAGCAAAUGCGGGACAUGUUCCAUGGGAGUAAUGACAGAGAUGCAAAUAAAGCGACUAAGUCGGGUAAACACCAAGUUGGUCGUUUUCAUGCUCUCGUAGAAGGGUUUCUGAGGCAUCUACAACACACUAAGAAUUCAAAGGCAUCGAGAGGUAACGGUAUAAGAGUCCACAAGAAGAAGAAAUCCCGUUGGUGGCCAAAGUUGAGACAUCAUGGCGGGAUGAAGCUGGCGAAUAGAGGACGAGUGAAGCUAAAGCUGCCUGGUAAAAGGCCACGGAUGAAAGCACUUAAAAUGUAUUAA